AUGUCAGUGACAUUUAACCACCCCUACGAUCCGUAUGAUAUCCAAUUGGAAUUGAUGCGAUGUGUCUACGAUGCACUAUCUCAUGGGAAAAAGCUGUGUAUUGUAGAAUCCCCGACAGGUACCGGUAAGACACUAUCGCUCAUAUGCUCAGUAUUGACUUGGUUGAGAGACAACAAGGCAGAUCUGUUGAUGGGUAAGGAUGGGGAAGGACAAGAAGAUGAAGAUGAAGAUGAACCUGACUGGGUGAAUCAGAGUUAUGUUGGAUCAGUUUUAAGUGAUCAAAUUCAGUUGACUCAGGAUUAUGAGGCAUAUCUCGAACAGCUCAGGAACAAAAAGAUUAUAGUAAGGGAUCAAGAACUUAGAGACACGAAAAGACGUAAAUUAAAUCGUGUAGAUGUUAAGAUCGAUAACAAUAGAGAUGAUGAAUUCUUACCACAAGAGUACUAUUCAGAUGAUGAGGAACAGGGUACGGAUGGUGUCACGUUGGGUAGGGAAGUUAAGGAUAUGCUGGCUAAAUUAAAUGGGGUUGCUAAAAAUGAGCAAGAUAAAUUUGAUAUUGACCAUUUAAAUCCUAUAAAGGUUUAUUUUGCGUCUAGAACUCAUUCACAAUUGAGGCAGUUUGCAUCCCAGUUGAGAUUACCAAUUUUCCCUCCAUCUUUACCUAAUGUUAAAAAUGAAUCCAUAAAACACUUGCCAUUAGGCUCCAGAAAACAAUUAUGUAUUAACCCACAAGUUAGUCGAUUGAAGUCUACAGAUGCAAUCAAUGAUGCUUGUAAGGAAUUACAACAAAAUGGUAAGAACGGCUGCAAAUUUAAACAAAAUAUUAAUAACCAACUAGAACAAGAAUUUAGAGAUAGAUCAUUUACAUCUAUUCACGACAUUGAAGAUCUGGCCGCCUUGGGUCAAUCACUUGAUAUCUGUCCAUAUUAUGCAUCAAGAGAUUCUUUGACAAGUGCAGAAAUUAUCACAUUACCGUAUCAAUUCUUACUUUUUCAAUCCACUAGAGAAAGUUUAGGAUUAGAUUUGAAAAACUCUGUGGUUGUGAUUGAUGAGGCUCAUAACCUUAUUGAUACAGUCAAUGCAAUUCAUUCAAGUGAGAUUUCUUUACAAGAUUUACAAAGUGUCAAAACUGGACUAACUAAUUAUUUGAGCAAAUUUAAAUCAAGACUAGGUCCCGGUAACAGAGUUAAUUUGAUGAAAUUGAUUAAAUUGAUAGAUGUUCUAAUUAUUUUCACAAGGCAAAAUUAUAAGAAACCAGGUCAAGUUAUAGACCCAAUUGAGAUUCUUAGUGGUAAUGCUGACACUUUGAAUAUUCAUAAGAUUAACAAAUACAUUAAAAUCAGUAAAAUCUCCUACAAGAUUCAGUCCUAUAUGCAAUCUGUAGAGAAGGACCAAGGAAUUAAUAACCCAGGACAGCCAUUGCUAUUCAAAAUCGCCUCGUUCAUUACCUGUCUUACUUAUCCUACUCAAGAGGGUAAAUUCUUUUUCGAAAAAGGUCCUAGUAUUAAAUAUAUGCUAUUGCAACCUGAUAAAUGUUUCCAAAGCGUCUUGGAAGACUCAAGAUGUGUCAUAUUGGCCGGUGGUACCAUGCAACCUGUUUCUGACGUUUUAGAAAAUCUUUUCCCUACUGUAAGCAAUAAUCAAUUGGUUAACUUUUCAUGCGACCACGUUAUUCCUGAUGAUAAUUUAGGUACUUAUGUCUUACAAGAACCUCAGAUUGAACUUACUUUUGAGAAAAGGGAACAACCACAGGUAUUGAGACAAAUGGGGGAAUUUUACUUGCAAUUAUCAAAAGCAGUUCCGUUGACUGGAGGUAUUGUUGGUUUUUUCCCCAGUUAUCAAUACUUGCAAUUCGUCAUUGAUCAUUGGAAGAAGACAGGUUUAUGGUCACAAUUGACUAAAUUAAGAAAGGUUAAUUAUGAGACUAAAAGUGGUGAAGAUCCCUUACCUGAAUACACUGAAGCAGUCGACAAAGGUGAAGGUGCCAUGCUGUUUGCCGUUGUCGGUGGGAGAUUGUCAGAAGGUAUAAAUUUCCAAGAUAAUCUCUGCAGAGCUAUCGUAAUGACUGGAUUGCCUUUCCCCAACGUCUUCAGUGGUGAAAUGAUGGUUAAAAGAUCCCAUUUGGAAAAUAAAAUAUUACAAAAAGGUGGCACAAGACAAGAUGCCAUGAGUGCCACUAAACUUUUUUUUGAAACCAUUUGCCUUAAAGCCGUGAAUCAAAGUGUCGGUAGAGCCAUUAGACACGCAAACGAUUAUGCCAAUAUCUAUCUUUUAGAUAAAAGGUAUGGAAAUCCUCAUACCCAAGAGAAACUUUCACACUGGGUGAGUAAACGCCUUCAACCACAAUCUGAUCUCGAUUCUAUUAUGGAUAGUACUCGGCGGUUUUUCGCAAAUAAGGAAGAAGUUAAAUAA